GGUGUUCGGGCUGAGUGAGUUCUCCCCGGGAUCGGACGGUGAGGUCAGUGCCGGGGAUCGGGCGGAGGAAGGCGGUGUGUGUACCGGAGAUCGCUGUCCGGGUGUAUAUAAGGUGUGAGAAAUCGGCAAUUCACAGGAGCUGAAGAUUCCGCAAGUCAGGAUGCCUAUACUGAAUUUCCUAAUCCUCUGCCUCAUUCACUUCUUCUUCACGCCGAAACCCAGCGCUUUCGCCAGAAAUGUCAAUUUCCAUAAUGUGAGACCGCCUGCAGAUCCUUCCCCAUUUCCAGACAGUUUCAAGUGUUUUACGUGUGAGAAAUCCAGUGACAAUUACAACUGCAACAGAUGGGCGGAGGACAAGUGGUGCCCACCAAAUACACAUUACUGUAAAACAGUGCACCACUUCACAAGCCAUGGCAAAAGUAAAUCAGUCUUCAAGAAAUGUGCCAGUCGGGAAGAGUGUCACAAUGUGGGGUGUCACCAUCAUCGGGACUCAGGACAUACGGAAUGCACAGCCUGUUGUGAAGGUAUGAUCUGUAAUGUGGAUGUUCCAACAAACCAUACAAACGCCAUCUUCAAUGCCCUACACUCACAUCGGAAAUCAGAUGCCCACAGGGUCACAGCACUCAUACCUACAUUGCUAUUAUUCAUGUGGGUCCUCCUCUUCCUUUAGCACCGUGUUUAUUGAUGUAACGUGACUUUUAUUUAUCAUCAUUGGGAGUUCUUCUACAGACAUUUCUGGAAUCUCAAAGGAACGUUCUGUUGUAACUUAUUGAAAGAACAGUAAAGGACUUUGCUUGCUGGCAGAAAUAUGUUGAAAACUUUUAUAGACAACAGAGUACUGGAAAUAUGUGAGCUCUUAGCGGUCUUUCCUUAUAGUAUAAUUGGAUGUCAAUGAUUUCCAUGCUGUAUGGGAACGUAUUGGAUGUGUAACGCCUGGUGUUUUAAACCAGGGAUAAAGACAAUCAACCGUACUACUCAUCUACGAGAAGAGGACAAUUUGUUCUUUGCCAUAUUUGGGCAGUAGUGGGUGACUCCGCAGCUAGGAAAAAAGCUGUGAUAGUUUUACAUACUAUUCUUCUAUUGUAGGGGUGUCAAACUCAAAUUCAUCGGGGGCCGCAUCAGCAGUGUGGUUUCCCUCAAAGGGCCGGUUGUAUCUGUAGGACUAUGUAUCUACUCUUUAUUAUCAUUGUGCUACGUACAGAGUGGAGGGGUCAGGAUUACGCUACGUACAGAGUGGAGGGGUCAGGAUUGCGCUACGUACAGA